CUCCCACCAAACAGCAGAUCCUCGCCGGAAAUCGAGUGUAUCAACACCAACGCAGUGUUUGCUAGUUAGCAUCACAUUAGCCACAGUCGAUACUCGCCUCAAUGUGACACCGAAUUAGCGUCUAUCGAGUUUAUUUUGUCAUCGUCUAGUCUUUGACAACAUGUCGGGAAGGAAGAGAGAGCGGACGAGCGACAGAAAUGACAGCAAGCGGGAGCACAAAAGAAGCAAAUCGAGCAAAGAAGAUGACGAAAAGAUCAGGAGCCAGAUGAAGAAACUCAACCAACAAGUGCAAAAUCUCAAACACGUCGAGACAUUCUAUGAAAAACCUCCACCAGGAUACAUUAAGGAGCACGAGGAGAAGCCAGAGGACUGCAUACCCGCCGAACCCGGAAAUGAAGAGGCCCGCAGCUUCCUGGCCAACGCGCCAACUCGGGGCCUGUGGAUGCCGCUGGGGAAGGAAGUGAAGGUGAUGCAAUGCUGGAGGUGCAAGCGUUACGGGCAUCGCACAGGAGACCGAGAGUGUCCCUUUUUCAUCAAAGGCAACCAGAAGCUGGAGCAGUUCCGUGUGGCUCACGAAGACCCCAUGUAUGACCUCAUCCGUGAAAACGAAAGGAACGAAAAAGAGAGCAGGAUCCAGCAGCUGCAGCAACUUCUUCAGGACCCCACCUCCUCCUCAUCAUCAUCUGACUCCGACAGCUCCUCAUCCUCUGAGCGCCGCGGCAAGAAGAGGAAGAAGAAGGACAAGAAGAAAAAGGACAAGAAGAAAAGUAAAAAGAAGAAGAAGCACAAGCACAAGUCCGGCAAACGCGGCGGCGACUCCUCCGACUCCGACUGACCGCACCCGCUCGUCACACACGACCUGACGGAGGCGCUCUGGCGCCGCCUCGCGCAGGUUUGAUGAUUCCGCUCCACAGAGAAAGAAACUCCGAUGUUUCACACCGUCGCAUGUCAGCAAAUAGAACGUGUCAUUCACACUAUUUUGGUCUCCGCGGCCAUCUUUGAUUCCUGUGAAAACACUCACGACUGUAAAGCCGUGGAAGGAAAACCGCCGCCGCAGCGCUCGCCGUGGAUUCCGCACCAGAGUAAACCCUCGCGACUUCGCAGCAUACUUGGGAUGCUUUGAGGUCGGGGUUAUUUGCUGUGGAAAAGGCGGCUCGGUCAGUGAGGAAUGUACGUGGAUGUUUCUCGUGUUCUGAGAAUAAAGACAACUUUUUCUCCCCCCCCCCAACAUGUUUACCAACGAUAAAUAUGUUUCUCAUUAGAGCGGCAAGCGACUCUUUGGAAUGAUGCAAUUUUCUGGAUUAUCCAUCCGUUGCCAAUCGCUAGUCCCGGUUAGCUCCGUUUGGUCAGGAGGGAACCGGUAACAUUUCUUUCUCUGCUUCCCAGUUUGCGUACACCGCUAAACAUUGCGAUUAACAAACUAGCCCAGGGGUGGGCAAACUACGGCCCGGGGGCCACAUCCGGCCCGCCAAGUGUUUGAAUACGGCCCGCCCAAUCUUUCCAAAGUAUUUCAUUUAAACUCAACAUACAACCUGGCAUCAUGGCCUGAGCCAACCUUUUGAUGGUUGUAUCAAUUUCGUUGUUUGACAUGGUCUGUUGUUUACAAAGUGCUCCUGAAAAAAGAAACACAAGCACAUAAUAAUAAUUAAAAUAAUAA